AUGCUUACCAUUUUAGUACAUAGAAUUCCAAAAUUCAAUCAGACAGUAUUCACCUUCGAAACCAAGUUUUCUAACUGGAUCGAUGGAAGUCUGAUUGGUAGUCUUUCUCUGAGUGAUGAAAACUCCUCCUUAGCAUCAUGUGGAAGUGUUCAAUUUAACAUUGUACCUGAUUCAAACUACUUACCAGUAGCUAUCGAUGGAACAACUGGUAUUUUGAAAGUAAUUGAAAGCGAUUAUGAAACAAUGAAGAAUAAUCACAGCAUCACUUUUCAAGUGACAGUUAGGAAUGCAAAUACUUCACUAAAUAUAUCUGAUGAUGCAACGGUCAACAUUCUUAUUGAUGAAGAGUAUUCUGACGAAGAAACAGGAAGUGAAAUCACUGCAGUCAAGAGGGGCAUCAUAGUUCCACCGAAUACUAUCAAUGCCACAUUUUCCAGAGUAUACAUCCAGGAUAAUCCAAAUUAUUGUCUGUUCGAUACAUGGUUUAUUGAUUCGGUAAUUGUCCUUCCACCUGGAAAUCAUAGUUUAAUCAUGAAAUUUUCUGGCCCGUCUCUAAAUAAUGUUUAUUACGGAUAUAUACAAUAUUUGUUUGCGUACUACAACGGUUCAAAUAUAGCAAAUAAUUAUCCUGUGAAGUUUAGUAAUCUCACAUACUUGAACAAUAAUUCCUCGUCUUCGGAGUUCACAAUGACAAGUCAAAUAAGUGUUUCAUCCGCUCCUACCAAUGAUUCAAAUGACUUCAGUAUUAGGAUGCGAUUCCAAGUUGGUCUUUUCCCUCAAAUGUCGAUUCCACCAAUAGGUACCAAUUUAACAGUCAGAAUGGAGGCGUUGUUGACUCCAAAGAUUACUGUAGAUAUUCCCAUGAGAGUUUCCUCGAACUGUCCGAUUCAAUAUGAUUCAGUUAACUUUACCAAGUGCCCACCGCAAGUGGAAGUAGGUGGGGUUUAUGAGUAUUCUGUGGACUACUUUAUAAGCAGACCCAUUGGCGAUUACGUGUUCACAUUCACGACUGAUGAGUUUAGUGCUUCGAUUGGACAUAUAUCUUUGGCGCUACCUACAACAUUCUCUACAUACCCAGAAGGUUACAAAAUAGAUACGCAACAAUUCGUUGGUUAUAACUUCGUACUGACUACCAUUGGCUACGUUAGUGUUUCAAAUCUACAAAGUCCAGGUGUUUAUGACACUACUUUGCCAAUGAUGAAUCGAUCAGUUCGUCUAACAGUUUUUAUUCAGAUAUAUAGACCAAGUUUGGUAUCCGUUAGGUUUGAAGCGAAAAUCUCACCAUUAGGUAAGAAUUCUACAGUGAAUUUUUGUGAGAGCCAACUCAUAGCGUUUGCAGGUCCUAAUUUGGCUGCGAAAAGUGACUUAACAUCAAAGGAUACCUCAGUUGUGAAUCAAGCUGAAAAGUUGCAAUUCUUUAAUCUUCAACUGAGUAUUCUGCCUUCUACGACAGCACGUUAUAGUAUUUAUAUAACUAAUACUGGUAAACUAAAUACGGAACAAUGUUCCGUGGAUUACUUGUUAACAGAAAAUAAUUCAACUAAGAAAAUCAGGCUAAUAACAGAAUACACUGUAUUUCAAGGGCGAAGAACAACAGGCACAACGACAAUCGGUAUAUUUAGAAACAAUAACCCAUGGAAUGUUUUUUAUAAUUUCCAAAUCGGAGUGAAAUUAUUGUAUGAUACCACCUACGUCUUGGGUGAUACAAUACAAACGUACGUUCGGAUGUUUUCUGGAUCAUCAACUGUAUGUUCUUUUGUUGUAACGCUUCCAAUAACGUCUAUGGAGCAACCCAUAACCACUACUCCUGUCUCUAAAACUCCUGUAGUUACUAUUGAAAAAGUCGAACCACGAAAUUCACAACCAACAGUAAACUUUAGUACAAUUGUAGAAGUUCGAGUGAAAUUCGCUAAAGACUUUGUCUACAUGCCGAUAACUUUUCAACUACAAGUAAAUUCAAAUGAAGCAAUUAUAAUCAGGCAGUGUAUUCAAACAAUUGGAUAUCUAUUAAAAGCUGUAGCACCUGUGAGCUAUUAUUCUUCGGUAAAACCUAAUUUGGCUAGAUUGCAAAUAAAUUCGGUGUACUUCAAUGAAUCAUGUACAGAUGCUCAGUGUGAUAUUGCAAUGCGUUAUUCGAUAAUUCCAAUUACCACGAAGCCUUUAGUAAUCACAUCAACAUUUACCUCUGGUGUAUCCAGUUUUACGAAAACAUUAACUAUUACUCCACGAGAUAACUACUCUACUGUGUUGUCACCAAGUCAGGCUCCAGGGGUUGAUUUAAUUUCUAUUGAUUCAAAAACAGUCAAAAAUCAAGUUAUACCGAACUAUUUAACAUCACUGAAGUUAACGCUAACUCUGAAACCCAAUGUAUGGCAGUCGAUAUAUUUUCAACUUUAUGCUCCAGGUGCCUACCAAGAAUACAUAUUAGUCAAGCCAAUAAUGCUAAGCCAAUCAACAUCAUUGCCAUAUGUCAGCUUAGUUUCGAACUCGUCGGAAAAUAUGGUUUAUAUCAGUAUAGAUAAAGCUUAUUACGAAGGAAUUGCAACCGACCAAACGACUUCGGCAGCAAAUCAGUUGACUUACCGUAUCCCAAUGUUCACUGCAAAUUCUGUCAGACCACUGGUCAAUUUCACUUACAAUCUGACAGUUAAUUCAAUCUCUAUAUUUGGUAAUUUCAUAUUUACUACCACCGCUCCAGCAGCAUUUACUACAACUCUUACAAAUACUUGGACUUUAAUUUCUCCAAGUGUCACUGAUGUAUAUAAACAAAUGUGUACUGGAGGACCGUUUGAAUUUAAUUUCAAUAUGUGUCCGGUUGAAAGACGUUGUUCAUUCUUUACAUAUUGGAUCAACAGAAUUGUGAAUGGUAUUGCAGCUCUUAAUGUUACAAAAGUAGUUGUAUAUAAAAGUGGUUCAGAUGUGCGGUUCUCAACCUCAUUCUCUAUAAAUUUGACAUCUGAACGUAGUUAUGUGAGAGUGGAUUACGGCCCAUCAUGCCUCAUCAAUCAAGAUUUUUAUUGUACACAAUUUAAACAUACUCUUUAUUUAAUGGGAGAUUGCAAUGUGACAACGACAAUAAACUACGCUUUCCCAACAUUUGUUAAUAUCAGUGGGAGUACAAAGAAUUUUACCGCCCAGACUUUGGUAUUGAGUCCAAUACCAAGUUUCCCAAUAUACACCGACAUUAUGAUUGAAGUAAGUCCAUCUAGUGUAACGCUGCAGCCAGGUCAAAUAACAACUAUCAAUGUGAAAUAUAUAUUCCCACUGAACUCCACCUAUCUGAAAUCUACAAUACAAAUCAGUGGAACUGGAAGCAACAACACUAAUGAAUCUAUAAUAACUAUUGCAGAUUUUAAAAUAAGUUUGGGUUCUAACUUAUUUUACACAACAACUGCUUACUCAUCUAAUUAUUUGUCAACUUAUCCAACCCAUCAAAAUGAUCAGUUGUUAAUAUACUUCGAAAAUAUCACAAACAUUGGUACGGUAAGUGUACCCUUAAUGCGAAACACUCUCAGUCUUUCAGUGGAUAUCCAGUUGAGUGAUAGUAAAAUUGUGGAAAACGGAACUGUUUGGCCGUUGCAAAUCACUGGUCGAUUCAAUGCUGUCACUAAUAUUAGCAAAAUAUCUGUAUAUUGUGUAAGAACUGGGUCAGAAAAACCAUCAAUUCAGGUUGUACUAUCUCAACUGUCAUCGUUCACAUUCAGUGAUUAUCCUGAUAGAGAUGUGGUGUAUCUUCAGACAACCGUUCAAAUGAUGAAUGGUACCGGAUUGGAAUGUGAAAGACAAUCGAUAAUUUUCUAUCUCAGUCCAGAAAUAAAAUCAAUCAUUGUAGUUAAUCAAACAGGGAACAUAGAUAAUGUAACAUUGAAAACUCCUUUAAACCCAGUAUCUAAAUCAGUUCAGUUCAUAGCAGGACGUUUAUAUUUUGGUGCAAAGUAUGAAGUCAUCUUUAGUCUGAAAUUUAAUCCAUCUCGUAGUACAACCAUUGUGAAAUAUCCAAUUCUAGUCGAAAUCGUGUGCAAACCCUAUGAACGUGGUAGUCCCGUAGUGAAUAGCUGUGCAAAACAAAAGUUUUACAAGUUUAAAUCUCAUCUACGUGUUCAACUUGACUACACUUAUCCUCCCAACUUACCUCAUUACGUUGCAAUGCGGAACCCUUUGGUACAGUUGCCCGACCGUCAAGCAAAUACAUUUCUAAAUGUUGGUGAUCUUUUGUUUUAUUGUGCACGUGCGUUUAAUAUGAAGGGUUCAUUAGAUUUGGUGAGACGAUGUUUCAAGAUUGGUAAAUUGCCUGAAAGAAUUUGGUUUGAUGUCGGACCAUCUGUUGAACAGGUUAUAGCGUACACAAAUCCACUUGGCAUAUUGUUCGGUUUGGGAGCAAAUGGUGGAGGUGUAAUGAUGAGUAAGGAUUUGGGGAAAACAUGGAUUUCAAUCAACUCAUUCAUGUACCAAAGAACUUUGAAUACGUCGACUGAAAUCAUUACAGCAAGUGUCAUACCAUGGAUUUCAUCAACUGGAUCAAUUGACAAUACACCGUCUGAGUCAUUUUGCAAGAUGCGAGUGGCUAAUCAAUGGAAUGUAUGCAUCAACGCAAUUUAUGCAAAUGAACUUCUACUGGCAGACUGGACUAACACCUGUCCAAACAUCAAGCCUUUUUAA